UAAGCCAAAAGUACGAAGAGUAGAGCGUAACAUCUCUGCACAUAUCCCCAAGUGUUCAAAAGAUGAUGUUCUACGUUCACAAACAUAUCAGCAAUUUAUGCGUAAUAUGGAACAAAUAAUUGAGUUAUUGGAUGACACGGAAUCACCGAACUUCGAGUCUGAUGACGUUGAUGAAAAUAUAGAGUGCAUUUCGGCCAAAAUGUUAAAUACAAUGAGCAAUGACGUAGCAAAACUUAAGGCAAAAAAUGUUCUGGAUUUAAUACCAAAAAACAAGCUAACCUUAUUAAUAAACUAUGCUAUGCGUAAUGUUUAUUUAGCAAAAAAUUACUCUGCAGGUCCAGAUGAUGAAGAUGAAAUAUUUGACGAUGAAGUCAUGGAAAAAAUAUUGAAUGCAAUUGAGGCUUGUUUACUUAUUUGUAAUAUAUAUUCAACAGUGAAUGAUUUAAAAUUCCUGCAAGAAGACAAUAUAUCGCUUAUUAUCAAAUUCAUUCAAUUUCAAUUGAGGGAAACUAUUUUUCCGUCAUAUGAUUCCGUAUAUACUGUAAAAAGUAUGAAGAAAAACGACAAUAGAAAAAAAACAAAAACCCAUCAAAACCACAACCGAAACCUUCAUUUACUUUAUUCUAAAGUCGUUGAAUUAAUGAAAGUUUUUGUAAUGUUAUUUGACAAAUGCAUUUUUGUAGAUACUAUUGUAUUACCUCUAUCUACUCUUGCGAUUGAGCCAUUUUUUGUGGAUAACAUCGAUACAUUACAGUUUGUAUGUUUAGAGCUAGUUACAACGAUAUUUCGAAAGGAGCAUUAUGAUAAAAUUCGAAGCAGCAUACUAGGUGAUAUUUUAUCAUCUAUUGAUCGUUUACCAUCAUCGAAAAGAAACCUUCGUCCAUUUAAGUUAACUAAUAAUGGCGGGAACAUACAAAUGGUGACUGCCUUAGUUCUACAGCUAAUUCAAUGCGCUACAAUUUUACCCGAUUCAUUGUGCUCAAAUGAUAAUUUAAAGUCAGUAGAUUAUGAACAAAACGAUGUUUCAAAACCAAAAAAGCCAAAUGUUGAUGUUGUUGUUUUAAAAAAAUAUGAUGUAGCAAUAAGUAUUGGAGGAAAUUUUCUCACAACUUUUCUUAAUAAAUGUAAAUCUCGGUCAAACGAAACAGAUUUUAGACCACUAUUUGAGAAUUUUAUACAUGACUUACUGUCAACAGUAAAUAAGCCUGAAUGGCCAGCAUCUGAAUUGCUGCUUUCCCUACUUGGAACGAUGCUAGUACGAUAUGUUUCAGAUAAAACUAUAGAACAAAGUAUUCGUUUGGUAUCAUUAGAUUACUUGGGAAUUGUCGCAUCGCGAUUACGAAAAGAUACAGUCGAAUCUAGAUGUAAAGUUAACAUAAUCGACUCUAUGAUAAAAUCUAUAAAAGUCGAACAGGAAAGGGAAGGUGACCUACCAACGAUUAAUAACAAAAUAAAACUAGACCCCGAAGAAGAAAGAACAGAAUUUCUCCAAAAAAUUCUUUUAGAUUUUUUGGCAGUUAAUGCUCAAGAAGAGAAUUUAAUAUGGGAUUAUGCUCGACAUUUCUAUUUAGCUCAAUGGUAUAGAGAUAUUAUAUACCAACGACGAAGGGUUGCUGAUGGCGACAAACGAUAUGCCUCUAGAAAGAAAAGCAAUAUUCGACAAAAACAUCGAAAAG